GGGGGCAGCAGCGCGCCUGAGAAGGUCCCCUCCUGCCAAGCGAAGAAAAUAAUUGACGUCAUCACGCUGUACGCGCGGCGCCGCAGCUGCAACAUGUCGCUAAAUGGAGAGGAGGAAGACUUCGAGUGGGAACCCCCCACGGAUGCCGAGAUGAAGGUGAUCCAGGCUCGCAGGGAGAGACAGGACCAGAUCAGCAAAGUGAUGGGAGACUACCUGCUCAAAGGCUACAAGAUGCUGGGGGAGUGCUGUGACUUGUGUGGGACUAUUUUGCUACAGGAUCGCAGACAGAAAAACUAUUGUGUCUCGUGUCAGGAGCUGGACUCUGACAUUGACAAGGACAACCCUGCCCUCAAUGCGCAGGCGGCGUUGUCUCAGGUCAGAGAACGACGUCUGGCGGCCCAGUCUCCAGCACCGUCCGAUCCACCCGAGGUCAACGGAGACGCCGGUGGUGGCAAUGUUGGAGGCUCAGUCCCUCAACCCAGACCGGAGCACUGUGAGGGGGCGGCGGCUGGGGGGAGAGCCCUGCCUCCCCCACCUGUCACUCCUUCCCCGGCGGUUCCCGUCACUGUCGUCCCCUCCUCCGCCACCGUCCCCUUGGUCACGGGCCGGCCAGCACCGCCGCCCAGCGUGGCACUGCGUCCUGUGCUGCAGGAUGCCGAGGAAGCGGUUAUGACCAAACUGCGCUGGGCCAGCAGCCAGCUGCAAAGCGCCACCUCCUUGGAGUCCAGCAUCCAGCUUUGCAAUCUGAUCUCCAGUUGUGCCAACUCCCUUCGCAGCCUCAAGGAGCUCAGCCAGUGAGCGUCCCUUCCUGGGAAUUGUGCGCGCACCUUCCUACCUGGGAAAGCUGACUGACUGUUGAAUUGGUGAAAGGAUUCCAAGGUGUGUUUUUUUUCAACUUGUAACUUAUUUUCUACUCUCCUUGUCACAUCUGGCCAUUAAAAUGAUUCCAAUGAGGUCUCCAUGGCAACCACAGCUGGUCUUU